AUGGCGCCCACCCGCAGACCCGAGUACAGCAGGGCACCAUCGCAGAGACAGAGGGGCGUCCCCGCCCCCGCCCCCGCCCCCAUCCCCGUCCCCGUCACCGCCCCCGCCCAAGCCCCCCGUCCAGUCCCCAACAACCGCGGUGUCGAGCCAAAGGUCAAGGCCGGGUCCCCCACGCCGCAGCCCCCGUCCCGUGUCGCCUUCACGCCCAUGGACAUCGACUCCAGCCAGGGCUCGUCGACCCGCAUAGUCAUCGACCUGACCAUCGACGAGGCCCAGGAACCCCUCGUCCAGUGCCACCGCGUGGAGCCUUCCGGGCAGGCAUCAGCAUCGCCAUCGGCACCGGCAUUGGCGGAGAAUCCUGCUCCCAACCUGGCACACAUCCUCCGGAGGCUAUCACGGGUGGAGGAGGGCCAGAGGACCCACGAGGCUGCAUUGGACGGCGUCUACGUAUCCCUUGCCGACCUGUCGAGCAGGAGCGACCGGGACGAGGAGAGCAACCGGCAGCGCCACACCGAGGUGGGCGAGAGGCAGCGCGAGGAGGCCCGCCAGCGCCACGAGGAGCAGCGCGAGGAGGACCGCAGGCAGCAGCAGCAGCUAUACACCUUCCUCGAGGGCGGCAUGCGCACUAUCGUCAAGAACAUGGGCUGGCGGCAGUACAGCACCCCGCCCGCCGUGCCGGGCCGCCCCCGCGCCUCGGCGGCGGGCCCCAGCGGCAGGGCCGUGACCCCCAACGCCACGAGGGCCUUCUUCACUGGCACCUCCCCGCGCCCCGCAUACGACCCCCACCGCGACGCCCGCGGCCGCCGCAAGAAGCCCCAGAGCUCGAGCACCCGCGGCCGCACCUCGGCCCGCGCCCCCACCCGCGACACCGCCUCGCAGGCGAGCACGUUCGCGGGAACACCGGGGAGCACGCCGCCCAUGUCGCCGGGGGGCGCGUUCGGCGCCCCCACUUCCCCUGCCGUUUUCGGUGCCUCGGCGCCGACAGGGACCGCUCGCUAUGCGAGUAGGUUCUUCUCCCCUGUGCCGCCGCUGGCGGGGAACCAUGCCGGUGAGAGCGAGGAGAGUGAUGGCAGCAGCUGGGCGGAUGAGAGUACACCUGCGCGCGCCACAAGGGGGGUGACGAUGCGUGGGGCCCUGUCGCGGGGGGUGUUUGAUUGA